UCUCAUUUGCUCCUUGAACGCACUUCCUCUGCCUAAUUUUGUUCCAAGGCACUUUCUAAAAUUAGGGCAUCACUCUCUCACUCUCUCUAGCCAUUGAAGAUGAAGAUAAGUUCUGUGCGUUUCCCUUGCUAUGGGAACUCUUUCCUUUCUACAUUUAGAGCUUAUUAUUCAAGUCAUAAUAAUACAUCUAUUUCUGCAAAGGGUAAACUUGGGUUAAAUAGCAAGAUUGAGAAUGUCAAGUGUUUAGAUGAUGCUGUUACUCUCUUCCAUCAAAUGGUUAGAAUGAAGCCUCCUCCUUCAGUUGUCAGUUUCUCUAAAUUGUUUAAGACUGUACUAACUAUGAAGCAUUAUUCUGCUGUGGUUUCUCUUUUUGGAGAAAUGCAGAAAUUGGGUACCCCAAUUGACGGAGUCAUCUUGAAUAGCGUGAUUAACAGUUAUUGCCUGAUGCAUCGUGUUGACUGUGCAUUUUCGGUAUUACCCAUUUACUUGAAGAAUGGCAUUCCAUUUAAUGUUGUCACCUUUAACACCCUAAUAAGGGGAUUAUUUGCUGAAAAUAAGGUUAAAGAUGCGGUUGAAUUGUUCAAAAAGUUGGUUAGAGAGAAGAUUUGUGUGCCCAACGAAUUCACAUAUGCAACUGUCAUGAAUGGACUCAGCAAAAGGGGCCAUACUGAGAAGACUUUGAGUUUGCUCCGGUUAAUGGAACAGGGGAAUACUAAGCCCAACAUAAAGAACUACAACAUUGUGAUAGAUGCGCUUUGCAAAGAUGGAAACUUAGAUGCUGCCAUCAGCCUUUUGAAUGAGAUGAAGCAGAAAGGCAUUCCUCCGGACAUAAUCACUUAUAAUUCAUUAAUUAAUGGUUUUUGUAAGCUUUGUCAAUGGGAAAAGGUUAAGACUUUGUUCUCUGAGAUGGUGAACUUUAAUCUUUAUCCAAAUGUGCGCACCUUUAACAUGAUGAUUGAUGGACUAUGCAAAGAAGGGAAAGUUGAAGAUGCCGAGGAAGUAAUGAGACACAUGACCCAUAAAGGUGUAGAGCCUGAUGUGAUCACCUAUAAUGCGAUAAUGGAUGGAUAUUGUUUACGUGGUCAACUGUAUAGAGCGAGGAUAAUGUUUGAUAUCAUGAUAGAUAAGUGCAUUGAGCCUGACAUUAUUAGCUAUAACAUACUAAUAAAUGGAUAUUGUAAGGAAAAAAAAUUGGUCGAGGCCAUGCAAUUGUUGCGUGAAAUUUCUCAAAGGGGAUUAAAACCUAAUACUUUUACCUACACUACUAUCUUGCAAGGCCUAUUUGUAGUUGGAAGAAUUGGAUCUGCUGAAAAAAUCUAUGUUGAGAUGCUAUCUGCAGGGUCUAUUCCUGAUUUGUACACUCAUGUCACAUUGCUCAAUGGUUAUUUUAAGUAUGGGCUGGUUGAAGAAGCUAUGUCACUUUUUAAUAAGUUGGAAAGGAAGAGAGAAAAUGUUGAUAUUGAAUUGUACAAUAUUGUCAUUAAAGGAUUGUGCAAAAAUGGUAAACUCGACGAAGCUCAUGCCAUAUUCGAGAAGCUUUCUUCAAUUGGAUUGCUUUCGGAUGUGAGAACAUACACCGCAAUGAUAAAUGGAUUUUGUCUUGAAGGAAUGUUUGAUGAAGCUAAAGAUAUGCUAAGAAAAAUGGAAGACAACGGUUGCUUAUCAAACAAUGUCACUUAUAAUGUUAUUGUGCAAGGAUUUCUUAGGUGUAGCAAAAUUAGUGAAAUGGCAACUUUCAUGAAGGAAAUGACUGGAAGGGGCUUCUCAUUUUAUGCAACUACAUCUGAGUUACUGGUAAAGGCUAUAAGCGAGAAUCCUUCCGUCCUUGACAUGAUACCAGAGCUUCACUGAAAAAUUAAGAAGUUAAUAUCUCUUUCGCUUGGUUUAUUCGCCUAUACUAUCACUAUGGUACAAGUUCCUUUUAUCUCCGCAAAAGAAAUGGCGUUCAGUGCAAUUAUAGAAGCUAAAAAUUGUCAAUUAAAAUGUUGCUUGGGCUUUCCAGACAGGCUUAUUGAGGAGGAAAUGGUUGGAAGGGGCUUCUCAAUUGAUGCAACUACAGCUGAGUUCCUGGUAAAGGCUAUAAGCGAGAAUCCUUCCGUCCUUGACAUGAUACCAGAACUUCACUCGAGAAUUAUGAAGUGAAUAUUUCUUUCACUUGAUGUAUUCGGCUACACUAUCACUGUGAUACAGUUUCCUUUUAUCACUGCAAAAAAUGGUUUCCAAUGCAAUAGAACGUUGCUUGGGCUUUGCAGGCAGGCUUAUUGAGGGAUGCAGAUGAUACACCAGAAUGUUACGACCAUGGCGGUUUUGGAUAAUGGGGAAAACAAGUCACUUGCUGGAAUUAUUAGAGAAUGAGGUAUCAACCACUUAUAAAAGAUAUCAGCUUCUUCUUGACUGGCUUUUCGAGUUGGUGAUGUGACCUCUUUGCUUUCUGUACUAGUUUUUGAAUUUUGAAAUUGUUCCAUGAUCAGGUCUGCAUGUGUGGCUUUGUCAUAGCUCUCAUUAAAGAUAUUUUGUUGUCUAUGAAAUAUGAAUCCUGUGGACACUAUAA